UUGUCUUUUUCAUCGAGAGGAAAAAGCCCCAUCUUCUUACCCUUCAAGCCUAGCGCAACUCCCUAGGCCGAAUGCUCCGCUCCGGCGGUGGCGAGCUAGUGCAGGUGACCCGGAGAGAGGUUGGAUCCCUCCUCAAAUGCUAUUCCCGCUUUCUUUAUUUCGCCCUCGCAUCGUCUCUCUCCUUUCAUGUCUUCGCUCGGCGUUUCCCGUGGUGUCUUCCUCUCGGCCGGGUUUCCAGCCCUAAGUUCGCCUUCUUCUUUAAUACGGCUCGCUUCUUGCUUCGACUACCGGAGAAAGGAGGCUUUUUUUGAGACCGUUCGAUCAUUCCGAGGUGGUUCUUCGGCUUGGCGAGCAACAUGAGUGACCAGAAGGUCUUGAUAUUUGGGUCAUUCACUGAAGAAGAAACUAGGUUGUUUCAGAGACAAUCUGCAGCGUGUAUGUGUUCUUUCGAAAAGGCAGGACGACAUUUUGGAUCGGUGGACUUUGCCUCUGAAUCAAAAGAACAUAAUUCAUCUGCAAGAUCCAACAGCAUUCAAGUGUCAAAUGUGAUUGCAGAUCUGGCAUGCAAAAAUGAACAGGGAAAAAUUAAUAAUUGGUUACAAACAAGUAAAGCAAAUGGAGAGGCCAUCAACUCGUGCCAGGAUGAUGAACUCAUGGAGAAACGGAAGGAUACUUUAGGUUUAGUUUCUCCCCAUAUAACUGAAAAGGGAGUUGCUGGUGCAGAAUUGUCUGCAAGCCCAAAGGUCCAAGAAGGAUGGGUUCAAGCAUCAAAAGCCAACAGUAUUUCUGUUGAUUCUUCAGCCAUUGAGUCUCCUGUAGUGGACAUUCCAAAAGCAUUGGCUGAUAAAGCACCAAAUGUUAAAAGCAUACUCCCAAGAGGCUUAAUAAAUUCAGGAAACCUAUGCUUCUUGAAUGCAACAUUGCAGGCACUACUCUCAUGUUCACUGUUCGUACAGCUUUUGCAGGAUCUGAGAUCUCAAAGUAUUCCAGAGAUUGGCUACCCAACCUUGCAUACAUUUAUCAAAUUUAUAUCCGAAUUUGACAUGCCCGAUGUUUUAAGUGCAAAGAGUAACGUAAAGGUGACCUUUGAGAGUGGGAAAUCUUUCAGUCCAAUUAUGUUUGAUGCUGUUCUAAAAAGGUUUACUCCAGACCUGCCAAUUGGAAUAUCAAGCAGGCCAAGACAAGAAGAUGCCCAAGAGUUCUUAAGUUUUAUCAUGGAUCAAAUGCAUGAUGAAUUGUUGAAGCUUGAUGGUAUUUUUGCAAGUACAGAUGGAGGUGAAGUCCCUCUCAUUUCUUCUUCUGAAGAUGAUGGCUGGGAAACAGUUGGACCAAAGAACAGGUCUGCUUUCACGAGAACACAGAGCUUUUUUCCAUCUCAGCUUAGUGCAAUUUUUGGGGGCCAACUGAGGAGUGUUGUAAAAGCAAGAGGAAACAAGGCUUCAGCAACAGUUCAGCCUUUCCUCUUGCUUCACCUUGACAUUUUUCCCGAGUCUGUUAAUACUAUUGAAGAUGCACUGCAUUUGUUUGCUGCUCCUGAAACUCUUGAAGGAUACAGGACAUCAGCUGGCAAGGCUGGGUUAGUCAGUGCCAGCAAAUCAGUGAAGUUACAAAAACUGUCCAAGGUAAUGAUACUGCACCUGAUGCGGUUUAGCUAUGGAAGUGAAGGAAGCACAAAACUGCAUAAACCUGUCCAUUUCCCACUUGAGCUGGUUCUCGUCCAUGAACUCAUAGUCUCACCAUCUUCAGAGAGCCGGAGAUAUGAGCUUGUAGCCACCAUCACGCACCAUGGCCAAGGACCCUCAGAGGGUCAUUACACUGCCAACGCAAAGUGUUCCAGUGGUCGCUGGCUUCACUACGACGAUGCAUCUGUCACGGCCGUCACUCCAAACAAAGUCUUGCAUGACCGGGCUUACGUCUUGUUCUACAAACAAAUACAGUGACAUCAUAUUAUUUAUGGUCGUGUCCAUCCUGAUGAAACCGAAACCUGGCUGUAUCUAAUUGCAUGUGAAUACUCUCAGUUGCUUUCUGUUGGAAAGUGGAAAAAUUACAAUAUAACUCAGUUUUGCUUCGUUCCA